AACCUUAUCCUCAUUCUAAACAAUAAGUGAGCUAUCAGGAAUCCACCACCUAUCCCAAAAAAAAAAAAAAAAAAAAAAAAAGAGUUCAGAUUCUUGAAUGUUGGUAAGACUAAUAUUCCUUCUGCAUGUAUGUGUCGUCUUCCACGCGAUGAGGUCGUCUUCGAUCACUCUCUCUAUCUCUUUCUCUCUUCAAGAAAAGAAUUACUGGCCAUUAACUGUUCCCUCUCUCUAUAACCAUUAAGUCUUCCCUAAGUCUCUAUCUCUCUCUCUCUCUCUCUCUCUCUCUCUCUUCAAGAAAAGUAUUACCACUGUGGAACUAUAUGUCUCUUACUUACAUUAAUUGGCUCAAUUAUAUAUUGAACAUCCCAUGCCACUUCUCUCUAGUAUAAUCCAUUUAAGCAUUUGGUUCAUUUCAUCAUCUCAUUUUUAGCUCUACGUACCUAAUUAAUUUACUAGAACAUGUUCUUCUCACGACGUCGUCUUACUUCUUCUGUUAUUGUAUUAAUUUGCUUGGCCACUUUUGCAUCUGGCGAACCUACUCUUCCAACAGAUGAAGUGGAAUUAUUGAAAGAAGUAGCAAAGACGCUUGGAAAGACUGAUUGGAAUUUCAGUGUAAAUCCAUGCAAUAUUAGAGAAACGUCUUGGGUUUCCCCAGAAAAUGACCAUUAUAAGAAUAAUGUAACCUGUAAUUGCACCAUCUCCAAUGACGGCGUCUGCCAUGUUGUUAGCAUAGUUCUGAAAGGUCAGAGUCUUUCCGGGAAACUACCCCCUGAAUUGGCGAGAUUCCGUUACCUCCAAGAAAUUGACCUCACCCGCAACUUCCUUUACGGUACUAUUCCUCCAGAAUGGGGUUCCAUGCAACUAAAGACCAUCACAAUGCUUGGAAACCGAUUAACGGGUUCAAUCCCAAAAGAAAUUGGAAACAUCACCACACUCAAUACCUUAGUCCUCGAGUUCAAUCAGCUUUCUGGAGACCUUCCUUCGAACCUUGGGAGUCUUCCUCUCAUAGAGAAAAUGUUUCUAAGCUCAAACAAUUUCUCUGGGGAGCUGCCGGGAACAUUUGAAAGCCUUACCACUUUGAAGGAUUUUAGGAUCAAUGAAAACAACUUUACGGGAAAGAUUCCCAAUUUCAUCCAACGCUGGACAACUCUCGAAAAAUUGUUUAUUCAGGCUAGUGGUCUGGAUGGGCCAAUUCCUUUUGAAAUUUUUCUCUUGGGAAAUUUGUCUGAAUUGAGAAUCAGUGACUUAAGUGGAAGUGAAACACCUUUUCCACCUCGUAAAAGUAAUAGCUCAAAAAUGAAGAUACUGAUAUUAAGGAGCUGUAAUAUUACGGGACAAAUACCUGUUUAUAUUGGAGAAAUGACAACGUUGGACACCUUAGACCUCAGCUUUAACAGACUAAGUGGAGAAAUUCCAAGCACACUUGGUCUUCUAUCGACCACAGAUUACAUUUAUUUAACCGGAAACUUGCUAAAUGGAUCCAACCUUGCUUGGACGUCGAAAGUUCGAAACGUUGAUCUUUCAUACAACAACUUUACACUUGAUCAAUCAGCACAAUCUUCAACAUGUCAGAAAGUAAACUUGUUCAGCAGCUCUUCAGCGGGCAACACACCUGGAAAUGUUGCAUGCAUGAGAAGUUUUGUUUGUAAACGAAGAUACUCUUCUUUCCAUAUAAAUUGUGGUGGAGAAGAAGUAACUGUCGAUAAAAACACCAUAUAUGAAGGUGAUGACGAUGAAGGUGGACCAUCAUUCUUCUCCCAGUCCCGGGGUGGAACGAACUGGGCAUUUAGCAAUACUGGUCACUUCUUGGGCAACAACCUCACUGCAAAAAACUAUAUUUGGACUAGUGCUUCUACACUCUUUAUGAAAAAUUCCAAGUUGUACAUGACAGCAAGACUUUCUCCCCUCUCCCUGACUUACUAUGGAUUCUGUCUGCGAACUGGAAACUACACAGUAGGGCUUCACUUUGCAGAGAUCAUGUUUACUGACAAAAACUAUUCCAGUCUUGGAAGGCGCAUAUUUGACAUUUACCUUCAGCGAGAGCGGGUGUUGAAGGAUUUCAAUAUUGAAAGUGAAGCGGGUGGUGUUGGUAAGGCAAUCGUAAAAAAUUUUACUGCAGCAGUCACUAAUGGUACGUUGGAAAUCCGCUUCUACUGGGCUGGAAAAGGGACAACAGAUAUCCCUGAAAAAGGUGUAUAUGGUCCUCUAAUUUCGGCUAUUUCUGUGGAUCGUGAACAUGGAAAAAGUUUAUCAGCAGGCGCUGUGGCUGGAAUUGUGGUUGCAGUUGUUGCAUCCAUUACCUUCCUGAUUCUGGGAAUCCUUUGGUGGAAAGGCUGCCUGCGACUGACUGAUACAAUGGAUCAAGAUCUGAAGGGUCUUGACCUACCAACUGGUACAUUUACCUUACGACAGAUAAAAGCUGCCACAAACAAUUUUGAUGUUGCUAAUAAGAUUGGAGAGGGUGGUUUUGGCCCUGUUUACAAGGGACUUUUGUCAGACGGCACUAGAAUUGCUGUGAAGCAGCUUUCGUCCAAAUCGAAGCAAGGAAACCGUGAAUUUGUGAAUGAAAUAGGCAUGAUUUCUGCAUUGCAGCACCCUCAUCUUGUAAAGCUCUAUGGUUGCUGUAUUGAAGAAAAUCAAUUGUUGCUAGUAUAUGAGUACAUGGAAAAUAACAGUCUUUUUCGUGCUUUAUUGGGCACAGAAGAAUUGCAGUUGAAAUUGGAUUGGCCAACUAGGCAAAAGAUCUGCAUUGGUAUAGCUAGAGGUUUGGCUUAUCUUCAUGAAGAAUCGAGACUAAAGAUUGUCCAUAGAGAUAUCAAGGCCACCAACGUGCUGCUUGAUAAGGAUUUUAACCCUAAGAUAUCUGAUUUUGGUUUGGCCAGACUUCAUGAAGAGGACAGUACCCACAUAAGCACUCGGAUUGCUGGAACUUACGGAUAUAUGGCACCUGAAUAUGCAAUGCGGGGUUACCUGACUGACAAAGCAGAUGUUUAUAGUUUUGGAGUUGUCACAUUGGAAAUUGUCAGUGGGAGGAAUAACACCAGCCACGGUUCGAAGGGGGAAUGCUUUAACCUUCUUGAUUGGGCACUUGAAUUGAAGGAGAAGGGGGAUCUGCUGGAGCUAGUCGAUCCAAGGUUGGGACCAGACUUCAACAAAGAAGAGGUGUUGGGGAUGAUUAAGAUAGCUUUGUUGUGUACCGAUGUCUCGUCAGCAGUUAGACCUACCAUGUCUUCAGUGGUCAGCAUGCUCGAAGGUAGAGCAAUUGCUCAGGAGUUGAUUCCCGGUGCUCCAAGUAGCGCCAUGAAUGUCAAGGAAAUGAAAGAUGUGUACCAACACAGUCAUGAAACUGACUUGAGUAAAGACAGCCUGAUCCAAAGUAUGUCAGUUGAUGAGCCAUGGACUGCCUCUUCCACAUCUACCGCUGAUCUCUACCCAGUCAAUCUGAAUUCUGAUUAUUUGGUAUACAGAAAUUAGACAAAUUGUACAUGUUGUCUGGAGUCUUGAAUCUGAUUAUCAUCUUGUUUAUCCUUACGCCAUAUGAACGUAUAAUGCUUCUGAAACGUUGUAUAAAAAAAAGAUCCCAUGGCAAAAGGGAUACAUUUUUCUCUUUAGUGUUUGACUUGCAUUAGUGAAUCAGAUAUUGGUCCUUUGUUUUGGUCUUUUGGGAUGCUUUCUUUGUAUUAAUGUUAUUAUUAUGAAUGGCAGUUGAGUGAUCUUUUAAAA